AUGCAGUUCGCCGUCGCUAUUGUGUUCGCCGUUGGCCUCCGCAUGCUCAUGAAUCUGUGGCUCGGAGCCGCUGUGCCGGGCGCACACCCGCCGCGCGCCUCCCACCCUCCGCAAGUGGCAAGCGCGCCCGCCGAUGUGGCAGCGAUCCGGAAAGAGCUACUCACGCUGCAGCGGCUGACUUCGAUUGGCCGGCUCGCCUCGAGCAUGCGUGCGCUCUCGAGCGAGGUGGAUGGCGGUCCGCUGCCCACGCCGCCAGCGUCGCCCGACGCUCGGCACGCCUCUGGUGCGCCUCGCCACUCCGCGGAGGGUGCUCUCGCCGCGGUGGAGGAGUCUCUCGAGCGGCUGACCGCGCGAGGCGCCGAGGAGUGGGAGGAGGAGGACGCGCACGAGAAGCUGGUCGAGUCAACGGCGGGCCAGCUCAACUCGGAGGUCGAGAGGCUGCUCCGCCUCUUCGCCGCGCCGCCCACCGCCGCCAAGCCCUCCAAGGGCAAGGGCCAGCCCGCGACCAACCCCGCCAGCGGGCUGCCGACAGGAGACAUCAAGCCCGCCGCGGCAGCCGCGGGGACGCACCAGGCGCACUCCCUCUCAAAGCCUCAGCAGCCGACCCUCGCCGACACGGAGGGAGACUUCGAGGUGGAGGAGGUGGACUGA